UUCCUGAUGCUUUAGGCUGCCGGAUGUCUGAUCUCCGGAUAACUGAGGCGUUUCUGUACAUGGAUUAUCUGUGUUUUAGAGCACUUUGCUGCAAGGGACCACCACCUGCGCGACCAGAAUAUGACCUGGUUUGCAUAGGCCUCACCGGUUCUGGCAAGACCAGUCUAUUGUCAAAACUCUGCAGUGAAAACCCUGAGAACGUUGUGUCGACCACAGGUUUUAGUAUAAAAGCAGUGCCAUUCCAGAAUGCCAUCUUGAAUGUAAAAGAACUCGGAGGGGCUGAUAGUAUCCGGAAAUACUGGAGCCGCUACUACCAAGGAUCUCAAGGGGUAAUAUUUGUAUUAGACAGUGCAUCUUCAGAGGAUGAUUUAGAAACUGCUAGAAAUGAACUGCACUCAGCUCUUCAGCACCCACAAUUAUGCACUUUACCCUUUUUAAUAUUGGCCAACCAUCAAGACAAGCCAGCAGCUCGCUCAGUACAAGAGAUCAAAAAAUAUUUUGAACUUGAACCACUUGCCCGUGGAAAACGCUGGAUUCUGCAGCCCUGCUCACUGGAUGACCUGGACGCACUGAAAGACAGCUUCUCUCAGCUGAUAAAUUUGUUAGAAGAAAAAGACCAUGAAGCUGUAAGAAUGUGAAAUCUGGCAAAGAAAACGGGUUCCCAAAAGGCCUUGAACCUAUGAUGUUAGUUUCUCGUUUUAUUUUUACUUUGGCAUCAAGACUCUAAAGGCUUCAGUAUCUAUAUUUCUCUAGUUAUUUCAGGCUCUCAUCUCUGUUAAAGUGAAAAUUCUGUAAAUCAGGUGAAUUAUCAUCAGCAUUAACGUCGAGUACACACUACUGAGAGAGAAUUUAUUCUCUGUUUACCACUAAUUAUCGUCACCGCAUGUCUCUUCCUUCUGUUGUUCUGAACAUCUCUUCUAUACUCUGUGCUAAAAUGGAUGGAAUUCAUGGCUCAUGGAAAUCAAAUCUCUUACGAAGGACUCAAAAAGACUCACAGUACCUUGACUAAUUUUCCCUGGGUUUAGGAGUAAAGUAUUGUGUUAUCAGGACUCCACAUAAUAUGUAUAUUGUUUUCAAGACCUUUUGGGGGUUUUAUUUUAUUUUAUCUUAUUUUUGUUUUUUUAGUUUUUUAUAUUCUGACCUUAUACUAUGAGAGAAAAUGAGCACCAAAAACUUUGAUCACCUUAUCAGAAAGGAAUAUCCUGCCAUGUAAAAUUAGCUUUGAAGAAAAAGACAAGAUGCGUAGUGUUUCCUUGAUUACAUCUGAAGUCUCACUCUCUUCUGUCUUUUAAGAGCAAAAACAUUGUUUUAGUUUUUGAGAGGAGUUAGAAGAAAUUUUGUCACAAUGCAUGCAUCAUUGAUUACAUUUGAUCAAGUCCUCAAAUAUUUUUUUAAUGGAAAGAUUAGGCUGCAUAAAGUCAAGCUGCAAUGUAAUACAGGUAUCUUUUUCUAAAAAUCAAGUGUUUGAAAUAGAGAAAAUAAUUUUUAAAAUAAUAGGUAA